CUUUUUCUUCCCAAAAUUCUUUUUAAAAACGCAAACAUGGAGCCGCAGACACCGCCGAUCCCGCUGAAGCCCUCUGUCCCGAAGGCCCGCAUGUUCGCCGUGCUACUCACGAUGACCAUCUGCACGGCCGGACUUUUCCUGCUACAGAACCAACUGACGAGGGCGAGAAAGCCUAAAGACUUUUAUUCGUACGAGGUGAAAGAUAUUCGAGGCAGAAGCGUAUCUCUGGAGAAGUACAGAGGCAAAGCGUCUCUGAUUGUAAACGUGGCGAGUCACUGUGAGCACACCGAGCGUAACUACAAAGGACUGCAGGAGCUGUACAGAUCGCUGGGGCCCUCGCUCUUUACUGUCCUGGCAUUCCCCUGCGGCCAGUUUGGAGACACCGAACCGGGAUCGGAUCGGGAUAUUGAAGCAUUCGCUAAGGCCAACUACGGUGUGACGUUUCCCCUUUUCAGCAAGAUUAAGAUUAUGGGGACAGAAGCCAGCCCGGCCUUUCAAUACAUCACAGAUUCUACUAAGCAAUUACCAAAAUGGAACUUCUGGAAAUACCUCAUAAAUCCACAAGGUCAAGUGAUAAAAUUCUGGCGACCAGAUGAGCCAUUUGAAAAUAUCAAACAGGAAGUUGCUGCUAUGGUGAGAGAGAUCAUUUUAAAAAAGAAAGAAGAACUUUAAAGAAGCUCUGCUUAAGGCAUUGGUUCAAAACUGACUUAUUUCAUAACCACUGCAUGUUUGGCACCAGAAGGGUCUAAACAUGUUUUGAAAGAUUUGUAGCCUUUCAUAGGCUCUGUGUGUGACAGCCAUUGUUUGUCCAGUCUGAAAGUGCAAAAUGACUAUUUUGGCAAAGCA